AGUCCAGCGGUGUGGGUGAUGAUGUUCGUCAUGUGCCUGACCGUGGUGGCUGUGACCGUCUUCAUAUUUGAGUUCUUCAGUCCAGUUGGCUACAACCGCAGCCUUUCCAGCGGAAAGAAGGCAGGAGGCUCUACGUUCACCAUAGGAAAGUCUGUGUGGUUGCUGUGGGCCAUUGUGUUCAAUAACUCGGUCCCAGUGGAGAACCCCAGAGGAACCACCAGUAAGAUCAUGGUGCUGAUCUGGGCCUUCUUCGCUGUCAUCUUCCUGGCUUCCUACACAGCCAACCUGGCUGCCUUCAUGAUCCAGGAGGAGUACAUAGACACUGUGUCUGGACUCUCAGACAAAAAGUUCCAGCACCCCACAGAGCAGUACCCCCCUCUGAAGUUUGGCACGGUGCCCAACGGGAGUACAGAGAAGAACAUCCGCAGUAACUACCCUGGCAUGCACCAUUACAUGGUCAAAUAUAACCAGAGAGGGGUGGAGGACGCCAUUAACAACCUCAAGACUGGGAAGUUGGAUGCCUUUAUCUACGAUGCAGCUGUGUUGAACUACAUGGCCAGGAAAGACGAGGGUUGUAAGGUGAUGACCAUAGGCUCUGGGAAGGUAUUUGCCACCACAGGCUACGGUAUCGCCCUGCACAAGAACUCCCGCUGGAAACGCCCCCUCGACCUGGCCCUGCUGCAGCUGGUGGGAGACGAUGAGAUUGAGAUGCUGGAGCGUCUGUGGCUGUCUGGUAUCUGUCACAAUGACAAGAUUGAGGUGAUGAGCAGUAAGCUGGACAUAGACAACAUGGCGGGUGUCUUCUACAUGCUGCUGGUGGCUAUGGGGCUCAGUCUGCUGGUAUUUGCCUGGGAGCACCUGGUCUACUGGAGGCUCAGACACUGCAUGGCUACCAGCUCUGGGAGACUGGACUUCCUACUGGCCAUCAGUAGGGGCAUGUACAGUUGUUGUAGCUUUGAGGAUGAAACCACGCCGGGCGGGGCCAAAUCCUCCAUGGCUAUGCUACCCCACCAUCAUGGCACCAUGGUAACAGUCCCGCCCCCGCCACACUUGGUCAGUGCGUCGUCAACCAACCCGGCCCUGACCAUGGCGCAGCAGCAACAGCAGCAACAGUCACAGCCCGUCUACAAAACACAGCUACCUGGAUCCCCUCCCACCGUGGUGCAUUCUGGGACGGCGCUGGGACCCUCCAACACUCCCAUGCUGGGGGCGCCCCUGCCCUGCUCCACAUUCCUCCCCCGGCCCGAUCGCAGACUGGCUGUGGUGGACCGCUGGAGGCUGCCCAAGGCCGGGACCGCCACCAACCCCAUGGCUGUCCGCGGGGCCGUCGCAGACAUGGGACCCUUCCCCCAGAAAGUGGCUCCGACCUGGGGCACGACAGCUGGAGGAGUGGGGGUUGGUGGUGGUGGGGGGCUGGAUGGAUAUAAACGCUACUAUGGACCCAUCGACCCUGAGGGUCUGAGGCCCUGUAUGGACCAGCCGGCAGGGUCCCAGACCCCCAAAACAGGGAAGGGAGGGGUCAAACCUUUGGGGACGCCUCGGCUGCCUCCUAAAAGCCAAGCCGUGGGCGUGACCCCAGUCCCUCUGCCCACUAACCCCCCGCUGCCACAACCCUCCCCCCCUCUCCCCUCAUCCUUUUGGAGGAAGCGCCGGCCUAAGAAGCCCAAAGAGCCAGGCGGGCCUCUGUAUGAGAACAUCCUACCACUGGGGCGCAGGGGAGGAGGAAGGGAUGGAGCGAGGGAUGGUGGAGGGAGGAGGGGACACCCCCUCUCUCCUCCUCUCCCGCUCCCCGUAACCAUGCCCAUGUCCCCCACCUACACUCCCCCUUCCCCCUCCACCUCACUCCCCUACACCAGCUCAACUUCCUCCUCUUCCUCUAACACAUCGUCCACCUCUUCCUCUACCUCCUCCUCUCGCUCCUCCUCUCCUUCCUCCUCCUCCUCCUUGACCUCUCAGAGCACGCGGGAAGGUUUGGACGCAGAGGAGGAUGAUGAGGAUGAGGAGCUGACAGAGGAGUCCAGUCUUCUCCUGGGGAGGGGGAGGGACAGACAGCGUUCAAUUAUCUCCUCUCGCUCUCUCAGUCACGGGCGCCAGCCACCACCUAUACCACCCCGAAAACCACACCCUGCCCGAGGGGAGAGAGACAGGGAGAGGGAGAGAGGAGGUAGCCAGUUGGCCCAGUUACAGGAGUGGUGGGCGGGCUGGGGUGAGAGAGAGAGGGAUCGCAGUGGAGGAGGAGGAGAUGACGAGAGGAAACGAGAGAAGAAGAGGAGGAAAGAUAAAGAGAAGAAGAAAAAGAAGAAGAAGAGGAAAAAGAGGGAGGAGAGGGAACGAGAGAGAGACAAAGAGAGGAAGAGACGGAAGGUGAAAAAGAAGCGGAAGAAGAAGGCGCUGAAGACGAAGAAGAGGAAGAAAUCGACUGGGCGUUCUGAGCAAGAAGAGGGGGAUGUGGAGGCAGAUAGGGAUGGAGAGGGGGAUGGAGGGAGAGAAGGAGGGAUGCCAGACUACUCUUCCUUUCCAACCCAUAAGCGCUACCCCAAACUCCCCUCCUCGGUCAAGUUCUGGGUGAGCGGAGGAAACGGGGAAGGGGGGGACCCCAACUCUGGAACACCCCCCUCCUCCCUCCCUCCCCUCAUCCCACUCUCCAAGAGGCGGAGAGAGAAAGGGGGCAGCAUCAACAGCAGAGACGACUCUAUACUAGGGCGAGUGGAGGGCUGGGGGGGGGCGGGGGGAGAUUCUUGGGGUUCAGGGCCAGGAGUAGGGUGGUCGUCAGGGGGAGGGAGUGGAGGUCUGGGGUCCCAGUGGCCCCCCCCUCCAGCAAACCACCCGCUCCCCCGACGGUACUGGUCUGUGGACAAACUCCCAAUGAAGGGAGAGAAGAAGUGGAAAAGGGGAGGAAGGGGGAAGGGCAAGGGACGCGCUCGAGACAGAAACCAGGGGUCUGGGGUGUCAUGUUCAUGUAGCCAGUACCCACACCCCCAUGUGCACCCGCACCCCCAAGGGCGGUCACACGGCCAUGGGAAGAGAGGAAGCACGGCCCUGUCCCACAGCCAGGAGGAGCUGCUCCCCCACUGCCACAGCUUCAGCGGGGGCUCACGGCCCAAACCCCCUCCCAAACCAGACCAGGGCCAGGCCAAGUCAGGCAGCCAGGCAAGCCUCAGCACACAGCAGCCAGGAGGGAUAGUGGACCACCCCCCUCAGCCCUCCCUCUCGCCCCCUCAACCCCUACCUAGUGCCCCUUCCUCAUCCUCCUCCCUGCCGGUGCCCAUCCCUCCUCCUCCCUCCACGUCCUCUGCCUCGGCCAGUGCUAAGCUCCUGUACCAGAGACUACGGUCAGUGCCUCAGCCCGGGCGCUUCUACUCCCCCCACCUGCCACUCAAGGCCAAGAGCCUAUGCUCCCGACGAGGCUCCGCCCAUUUCUCCAGCCUGGAGAGCGAGGUAUGA